AUGUAAUAAAGCUCUUUUUAAGCAAAAUUUAAGGCUGCUAUUGCUAUUGCUUAAAUGGAUAGAAAUUACAGAUCAAAAAAUAAGGACUAAAUUUAAAAUCAAUUACAUGGAAACAUUACAUAACAUAAUGGAAAUAAAUGUACUUUAUAUAUGGGAAAUGAUGAAAUGACAGAAAUUGAUAAAAAUGAAAUAAAACAUAAUUAAGUAAUAAAUAAAAACAAUGAACAAUAAAAAAUUCCAAGUUUUGAGGUAAUGCUCCUUAAAAAAAGUAAAAAUUCUGAAUAAGAAUGGAAAUAGAGAUGGACAGUCUGUAAAAAUAAUCGCCUUAUUUAUUACUUGCCUGAAGAUAGGAACUCACCUCAUGGUGUUCUUGAUUUUAAUAUUAUGUCAUAUUCUUUAUAAGAUGUCAAAGAUUAGCAAUAAAACAUAAUAGAAUUUGUGUAUAAUUUUUGAAUUCUAUUUCAAGAUUAAUUCCAAAUGGUUCUAAAAAGAAAUUUAUUUUUAAAGCUGAAACUUCGUAAGAAACAACUAAAUGCUAUCAAAUUGUUAAAGAAAAUAAAGAUACUUCUUGGGGGGCUAAACAAGUACUAGAUUCUUUGAAUAAAUAUCCUAUAUUUUGGAGAGUAUUUACAAUUUAUAAAAUUUUAGACAGAUAGAAUAUCAUAUUAAUAGUUUUUAUAAACAGGUGAUACAGCUGAUAUUCUUCUUUUUAGAAGCAAUGAAACUAAUGCCUUAAUUUAAAGAGGAUUAACUGGUUCUGAUUAUGAUCAUGCUGCUAUUUUGUUAAGAUAUUAAUCAGGAUCCUUGUAUACAUUGGAAGCUACUAAAUGUUUUGGAGUAGGAUUAUGCUCAUGGAGUAUUGUUUAAAUAGUAUGAUAAAAUUAUGAUAAGAAGAUUAGAAAUUGAAA